GAACCACUGAAGAAUCAUUGCAUACGAUGUGGGAUGACUCUGGACGAUUACGUGAUCUAGGCCUCUGGAUGAUGCAUAAAACUAUUGAUACGCUCGAGAAACGUUGCCAUAACUAUGGUCUCGUUCACGACGCACUUACCGAUGCGGCAUGGGCUAUUAAAGAGCUCCAAAAGUCUUACUGUCUUCUACAAAAUCUACCCUCGGGAUCCAAGCUACACGUUGUCGAAGAGAGGCUUCCCUUCAUUGACUUGCCGCAUUUUCGACAGCCGAAUGUAUCUUAUGUCAAGGGAUAUUCUUUCUGCUUUGCCUAUCUAGGUGUUCGAAUCCAAUGGUUAAGGACAUUAGCCAUACUUUCUACGAAAGGUCUGUUGGCAAACGUCAGGAUCCAUACAGAUAUUCUCCAGGAACUUGGCGAGAUGGCAAUGCUUCUACCAGGCGCACUAGAAUUGUCCAAACACGAACCACCUACCUCACACCACCAUGGUUUAAUGCCUGAAAUCCUCGAGGCUGCAUUCAUUGGUACGGAAUCCAAACAUGUUCUCCAAGGACUUGUUGCAAGGCAUCCCCACUGGGUACCGGAUGUCACCACCUGGAUUGAAAACAUGGACACAGGGUUUUUCACUUGGUCCAUGGGCCAAGAUUCACCACUUUCCUUCAGGAGAGCAUUUCAGUCGUUUCGAGAUAUAGGUACAACUAAUGGAGAUAUAGAACGUUUGAAAAACGCGUUAGAGAUAUCUCGUCAAAGAGUUUCAGAGAUAGAAUAAGGGCUCAGCCUCCGGCCUUCCUGGCUACAGUUUUCCCUUCAAGCGAAACACCGCCCAACGCGCCUUUGCUUUUGCAUAUUCCUUACCACCCUCAUCUUUAAUAGCUGCAUGGACCAAG